UAAACCCCAACGUUACAACCUUCUUCUUCCAAAACCUUCCUUCCUCUCUUUGGAAAAUCACUAACAAUUCAUUAGCAAUAAAUGGAAUCAUUAUUAGCGCCGGACACGGCCACCGCCUUACAACUCAUCGAAAACCACCUCUUCGACGACCAACUCCACUCCCGGGCCUCCACAUUAACCACCAAUGACCACCUAAUAAGCUCAAAAUCAUCACUAUUCAGCGGCGGAUCAACAACCUUCAAUAUUUCCUUCAGUACUACUAGUAUUAGUAGUACUGAAGGUCUUUGUCAUGAUGACACUCGUGAUCUCUUACAAUACAUUUACUCGUCCCUGGACGAGGAAGGAGUUGAUUAUGAUGAAACCUUUCGUAUCUUCAGCAGCCAGCAGCUGCCGCAAAAAGUUGAUGAGAGACAAAAUAACAACAAUAAUAAUAGUAAUAGUAAUAGUAACGGGAAUUAUAUAGGGGUGAGGAGAAGGCCAUGGGGUAGAUUUGCGGCGGAAAUCCGAGAUCCGACCCGUAAAGGCUAUCGGAUCUGGCUCGGUACGUAUAACACGGCUAUCGAAGCUGCCCGGGCGUACGACCGGGCAGCUUUCGAUAUUCGAGGUAAUAAAGCUAGACUUAACUUCCCUCAUGAAGUUGAGUCUUGGUCUUCAUCAUCCAAAAGAAGAAGAACUAAUGAUCAUGAAAAAGUGCAACAAAUUGGUGAGAAACGGCAAAGGGUUGAUGAUGGUGGUGAGAGAGAAUUAUUAUUGGAAAGUUAUUGUUCUAAUUAAUUGUCAAAAAUAAUGGCUAAAUCUAAUUAAUUAGUUAUAAUAUAAUAUAUCUUCAUUUUUUGAGGUACGAAUUGACCACAAAUUACUCUCAAUUUGGUAAAAAAUAAAGUACGUAAAAAGUAAUUUUAAAUGAUUUUUUUUUCCAAUAAUUAUAUUUUGAGAGUAAUUUAUGGUCAAAUUCAACCUUUUCAUUGAGUCAGGUAGUAAUAGUUAUACGUAGUAUGUAAUAUACGGAUUUUUUUAAAACUAUUAUGUCAUCCCUAAUUAUUGUACGUAAAAUUAAAUUAUUUUUUCCCUUAAUGUAUUAUCUCUUUAUUAUAAUUUUGUACGUAGUAGUACAAAUGUACAAUUAGUAACUCUUUGUAAUUAAUCGGGUGGCUUAUGUACGUGCCUAAAGAAAAAUGUAAGUGGAUGCAUUUUGCAUAUUGCAAAAAAUUACGUACA